UUGCGUACGGAUUUCUAAUAACGUUCAAUUAUCGUUACCUGAAUACGACGAAAACGAUAUCCUGCAUGAAGGAUACCUCGUCGAAGCGCUUCUUGCUAGAGCAGUACAUGAGGGAAACAUCCAGAUAGUCAAAUACAUUGUUCAGAAGACCAACAUGGUCAUUACUAAUAGACUCAUUGUGAUGGUCAUGAGAUUGUUACCGAAAGACGAUGAAGUCUGUCAUGAAAAAUCGAUGUCUGCAUUCAUAUAUCUACUUGACAAAACAACAGAUCGGCAUACUACCGAUGGUGAAGGUCGAAGUCUGCUACAUAUGACUGCUCAGAAUGGUUGCUUCUUCAUGCUGCAUUGUAUGAUUGCCAAAGGUUGUGAUCCUGCAGAGGUAAAUACAAGAAACGGAUGGAAUGUGUUUCACUAUGUUGCGUUUAAUCAGGAUGAAGAUCGUUCGGACAAAAUAUUGGAGUUCCUACUGAAAUAUUGCGGAAUGGAUUGGUUUCGUCAUUUGGACACGUUGGUCGAUUCGGACAAAAUAAAAACAUCCAAUAAUGAAUCCAUCAAUACAACGAUGAAUCCAAACAAUGGAAAGACCAAUAUAUUGAACAAAAAUCGACAUGCCUUGUUGGCAAUGUUUGCUAUAUUCAGGAAAGACGACUUAACUAGUCUUUUGUCCGAUCAGGAACUACAAGAAGCUAUCCGAUGCAUGCAGGAUGUAGCUCUGGGCAAUGAGAAGUCUGACAUCAUUAAAUGAGUUAAAGGAUACAAUCCUGAGUUCACUCUUCGCAUAUUUGCUGAAUAUUUCGCGGCAUCUUGGAUAUACAGCAACAAACAUCGCAUGAAAAGGGAAAGCUUUUUCCGGUCGUGGAAAUAUUGGAAUGAAGAGGUUGACCGAACUCGAAGCUUAUUCAAUCGCAUGAUAGUAAGAGAUAGUGAAGGAUGUGAUAUUCACAUGACUGUAAUCAAUGAAUCAGUACAACAGGUCCGUGCUUUAGUUUUGAAGUAUCCUUCGUCAACACUCGUGAAGGAUUCGGUAGGUCGAUUACCACUACAUUUGGCAGUUAUUGGCCGAUCAAAAGCAAUAGAAAAAAUUCUUAUAGAAAUAAUGUCUCUUCAAUCUAUCAAUACGAAAGAUGAACUCUUCGAAUGGAGUGCUUUAGACUAUGCAUUUGCAAUGAAGUGCCCCACAACAUUCCAUAACAUUUAUAUUAUGGAGCGACAGUAAAUGAGGACA